AUGACGUGCGACGCGAUCAUCUCGCCCGCUUCCAUUCAUACCACACGAUAUGCUCCCUACAACACAUCUCUAGCCUCUUCCGCCUCAAGCUCACUUUCUUCUGUUUGGUCCGACACCACCUCACAGACUUCCGAUGAUACCUCUAUUUCCGCCCAUUCUUCCGACUCGGAUUCUUGCGACUCCUACUUUUCAAGGAAGGCUGCUGUCGCCGAAAGCGCAUUAAACUUCCGACGUCGAGCUCAGAGGACACAGACAGAGGCGCUUCCUGCCGAGCUGCGCCAAAAUCCUCGAAGAACUUCGAGUGCUCGUGGUCCUUGCCCGCCUGCUCUGGUCCGACAGUCUGAGCGAAAAGUUAACUUUGUCGAUAGCCUAGUUGAUUCGUCGACGCAGAUCGUCGAAGCCAUUUGGCCUCUGUCAUCUAUCGCCUGUCGAAAUGUUACCUCGGACAACCCAGUCUUGCCGCUGCGCAACUUCAUCCAGGAGACCUUGCGCCGUUCACGGACGAGUUACUCCACUUUACAAGUUGCCCUGUAUUACUUGAUUCUCAUUAAGCCUCAUGUGCCCAAACACAACUUCACAAUGGAACAACCUGUGGACCGACACGCUGAUCGCGCACUUCAGUGUGGCCGCCGCAUGUUUCUUGCCGCUUUGAUCCUGGCCUCCAAGUACCUUCAGGACAGAAAUUAUUCUGCCCGUGCCUGGAGCAAGAUCUCGGGACUUAGAACUGAAGAGAUCAACCAGAACGAAAUUGCUUUCCUGCUUGCUGUUAACUGGAAGAUGCACAUUGCCGAUGAAGUCUUUCAGCGAUGGACCGACAUCGUUCUCAAGUAUACACCACCUCCGUCUGGCCCAUCAUCCCCUGGAGGAGUGUCUCAGACUGUGUCUCAACAGGUCUUGGACUGGAAACGAAUUAUUUUGGGUCUUAACCCUGAAUUGACCAACCUCGCGUUGUUGAUUCCUGCUGCUCCCGCUAUGCCUAGGUCAAGUGACCUUUGUGCACUGUCUCCUCGCAGCAUCCUCAACCUUCCUCAAGAGGCUCAGCCUACAAUUGGUUAUGAAUCAGCAGAGGCGACCCCUACUCCUAAGUCGUACAAAACUCCAACUGUUAUGGAGCCUGCGUCUGCAGGAUUUGCUGCUGGUCGCGUGGCUCCCUCCAUGGGAAAGCUGCCAACUCCCCGAUUUACUCCCCAGAGCAAUGGACUCUGCACUCCUGCCGCGAGUGCCGCUUCUCACAUGCUCAGUAAGAGUUCAAUGGGUAUGGCUAUGGCCCAGGCUAGCAACAUGGCUACUGUUCAGUAUCUUGAUCGUCUUCCUUCCUCUUCACCUCAAAACUUCUGUCCUGUUCGUCGAUCCUCUCUUGCCAAUUCAGUGUCAACAGCUUCCUCACCUGAAUCCAUGAUUUCGGAUACUUCGCGCUCCUCGCGCUCCUCCUCAAUUUCUUCCACUUCAACGCUUGCUAGCGCGACCCUUGGCCCCUCCAGGCUGGGUGUUCCGUCGCGAUUCCGAGCGCAGAAGUUUUGCAAUGAGAGGUUGAGCCAGAAGCCGACCGUUUCUUCGGUUCCUGAGGAUUAUGAUGCACACUGCUACACGUCAUCUCCUGAGAAUUGCAACGGUCCAGUUGGCAAACUCGGAGACUUGUCGUUGGAUACCCCAUUGGCAAGAAGACAAAAAGAACUUGACGACAUGGCUCGUGACUCUGAUGCUGCGCGUGCCCUGCAAGAGCUUCAGAACUACAACGCCCCAGCCCCUAGAAGUGGCACAAAGCGAAGCCGAACUGCCUCUAUGGACAACUGUCUGCAGGAGAAUGUUCGCGAGAUGCUCGGUGGUCGUUACUCUACUCAGAGACCUACCUGGCCUGAUACGUUGGUUCGUACUCGAGGUAUUACCUCCGAGUCCAACCUUCAGGUCCCCGUCCGACCCAGCCUGCCAGGCACUGGCAAGCGAGUGUGUUGUUCUGCUGAAGCCGCACAGGGAUACGAAUUUUCGUCUGUCCAUCCUGCCCUCGGCAUUCGGGGACCUGGUAUGUGGGAGGGUAUCUUGAACUAA